UGGCACACUCGCUAACCAGACCAGCUGUAAAUAAACGUAAACAUUAGCAAUUUCUAAAGUGUAAAUCAAUAGUCUUCAAAAGCUUUCGUUAAAUUAGUGCUUAUUAUAUUAAACCUGUGUGUAGUCCAAAGUUGUCUUCGAAUAAUUCAGGGUCGAAAAAAUGCUGAUUUGCUGAAAACAAGUAGCGUAAAACAGAACGUUUUCCCCUCGUGGGAGAGGGCAAACCAAUCAUAACAAAACAGCGCACAGAAAGCGGGCCAUCCAGCAGGGGCUUUCGUUUUUUUUCCUUGAUAGGGGCUCCACACCAGACUGAUAGCAAUGAUAACGCUGACCAGAAAAAAGAAGGAAUCCAGCGGAGCGAUGAUGGACUCGUCGAAGCGAAUUUCCAUCCGAGAGUUUUUGCUGGUGAAGGAAGUGCAAGAGCUGGAACAGAACUUGCCCUGCACCUGUAAAAUCGCCUUCCAAGAUCCGAACGUCCUAAGCGAUUUCACCCUUGUCAUAACGCCGAACGAAGGCUUCUGGCAGGGUGGACGGUUCAAGUUCAGUUUGCACGUUCCCGAGGAAUAUAACAUGGCUCCUCCAAAAGUGAAAUGUCUAACCAAACUGUGGCAUCCCAACAUUUCCGUUGAAGGUGACAUUUGCCUUUCGCUGCUCCGGCUGAACUCGAUAGACGGACUCGGCUGGGCACCAACGCGGAGGUUGAAGGACGUGAUCUGGGGCUUAAACUCGUUAUUCACGGAUUUACUUAAUUUCGACGAUCCGCUGAACAUUGAAGCAGCAGAACAGUACUCAAAGGAUAAGGAUAAAUUUCAAGCAAAAGUACGGGAAUACGUUUCGGCGCACGCUCGUAGAUAAUUGGUCAGAAAGCGGAGAUUGCAUCAACCAAUCGAAGACACGGUAAGUGAUGAAAAGACGAGAGUGUGAUAAGCCCUUGAACAAGUGUUUCCAAUUGAAAUUCUUCGACUGGUAACAGAACCGGUAGAAGCAACCACUUUUUGGGUGUUAGCAUCAGUGCAGAUUGCAGUUGAUCUUUUUGUAAAUUUAUUGCUGCGAAAUUAAGGCAAAGCGAACUAACUCUGAAUAUUGUUUAAAAAAUUGACUGACCCAGGAAUGCUGUAAGUAAAAAAAAGAUUAAAAUUUGUGUUUGUGAAACAAUUACAUACUUUUAUGGGUCCCUCUUUAGGGCUUUUUUUGUAGUAUUUAAAGAAAGGAGGUUACCGAAGAUGCUUAUUUCCAGCUCCUUUUAUGACACUUACCACUGUCAGAAUUAGAUUCAAACAUAAUAUCAACCAACUCCAAACGGACCCAUAGUCCGCGUCAAGCAACAAGAAACGGUAAACAUGUACCUACUACGCCUGAAAUUAGUGCGAAUCUUCAUAGAUUAAAAAUUCAAAGAGACCAUUUCGAAAAACCGAUAGGGUGAAACAAUGUAACGGUGUUUGUUCGAAAAGAAAAAGAAAUAAGUCAGGAAAGCGUUCAACGUGUUUCAAAUUGUUCGGUUUUCCUUUGUCGUAAUUAGCAUUCUUUAUACUCGUAACGAUCUAACCUAAUUGAAAACUGAUUA